GUUACAUAUCCUCACACAAAACACUAGCCACGCCAUGUCAGAUUCCGAAGAAGAUGGCGGCGUGCCCCUGAUUGAGGCUGAGUUUGAUCCUACAUCGACAUCGAAGAAGCGGAAGCGGGAGGCAGAACCCGAGGCUGGCAAAGACAGCAAAAAGGCAGCCAAGAAGGCAAAGCGGAAAGAGAAGAAAAAGCUAAAGGUCAAGGAUAUCGAUGAAGAUGAUCUAGACCAAGAGCUGAGCGUAAACCAUGCUUUUGAGAGGAUGGACGGCCAGCUGCUUGCAGAUUAUGUCAAUUCACGAACACGACUAUAUGGCAAGGACCUGAGUAGUGUUGAGCUCGAGGACAAGUUCAUUGCUGCACGAACUGUUCAGGACAGCGUCAGUUGGACUGAGCCUCGCACAACCGAUAACCUCUCCGCUUUCUUGAAAGCGCAGUGCGGCAAAUUGGAAUCCACGCCUCCAAAACCAGCUGGAGCACCACAUACUAUCGUUGUCACAGCUUCUGGCAUCCGAGCCGCCGACAUAUGCAGAUCUCUCAAGUCUGGACUACCCAAGCAAGGUGUCAAAAACCCGAGUGUGGCCAAGCUGUUUGCGAAACACUUGAAGCUAGCCGAUCAGGUAGCACAUCUCAAGAAGACAAAAGUCGAUUAUGGAGUAGGAACACCUGACCGACUAUUUGCGUUGUUGGAAGAGAAGGCUCUGUCGACGGCGAAUCUCAAACGGGUGGUGAUUGAUGUGUCGUAUAUCGACCAGAAGAAGCGCGGCAUUCUCGACAUGAGGGAGCUUCACGAAUCGCUCAACAAGCUUCUUACGAGAAAAGUUUUUGUUAAUGAGAGGAAGGACGGCGGCGAUGGCAUUUUUCUGUUUUACUAGGUUGGAGGUGGUUUACGAAGAGGAUGGUGUGCUGCACAAUGAUACCCAAGAUAAAUUCGCAAUGAAACUACAAGCCGGCUUGAAGACGGCGUUGAUCAG